GCCAGUGUCCGUCCGUCAACGUUCGCCGCCGAUCGUCCAAACGACAUAACGAUAUUGUUACGGUAUCUAAACUAGUGAUAAUAACAAUAAUAAUAAUAAUAAUCGUAUAGUUUCCAUAGGUGGUACCUUUAUUUAAUCUGACAGCUGCCGUUCGUGUUUCGCUUCCGAGUCGUCAUACCACUACCGCAGUACCGUUAUCAGAACAGCGCGCUAUUCGCAUAUCCGAAAUAAGCGACAAAAUCUGGACAUGUGCGAUCCCAGCGAACCAGGUUAAACUAGACACACACGCCGGCGUGCGUCCAGUGUCCAUCCGUAUCCGCUGGGAACUUCGCACGUAAGACCAAAGGCCGACUAGUUGUCCGCGCGUACACAGGGCGACCGUAGACGUGAUGCCUGCGGUCAGCGAGUCGUGCCGUUCGAAGUGAAACCCGGCGAAUGGGACUAUGGGAAUUUGUCUGGACACAGACAAAAUUCCUGAUGACGAGCAUUUUAAAAAUGGUUCCAAUGGUAGACAAAAUUGGGAAGCAGAUGACAUUGACAAUACAAAUAGUAAUAACACUGGAAUGUUCCCGUACACAAAUGGUCAUGUCAAAUUCGACACACCGAAAGUUCCAGUAAUUUUCGUACUUGGUGGACCUGGAAGUGGCAAGGUCACGCAUUGUGACAACUUGAUGAUAGAAAAGCGCGGUAUUGUUCACAUUAACAUGACCGACUUACUACAACAGUACACUGUUGGAAACGAUAUGGAAGACUUUAGCAAACUUUCCAGUAAAACAGUUACUGAAGUAUUGAUGUUGGAGUUGAAAAUGUCUCCUGUAGCCAAAACAUUUUUGAUAUCAGGAUUCCCAAGAAAUAUGCGCGAUGUAGUUGAAUACACAAAUAAGAUAAAAGUCGUAAAUGGAGUCAUUCUAAUAUCGUGGAAUCAAAAUGUGUUGGAACGACAAAUCGAUUACGGUGCAAAAUUAGGACAUGUCGUUUUAAGUCUGGCUAGAAUGGAGCUGAACAACUUCUACAAAAAUGUGACUCCAGUAUCGGACUAUUAUGACCAAAGGAAAAUGCUUAUUUCAGUGAACGGUGAACGGAGUCCGACGGAAGUAUAUAACGACUUCCGGUCUUCGGUACUGCAAAUAUUGAGCUCCUACAAAAGUCCAGCGCCGGUUAUAGUGGCCAACGGUACCGUGCGCACGGACAACCCGGGUACCGAACAACCGGAAGUCGACGCUGAGCGCCCAAGCAACCACUUCACCGUCGAUCCCGCGCCGGAACCACGGGCUACAGAACGCGUCUCGGAACCGGAAACGUUUCCGCGAGUGAUUUUCGUAGUGGGUGGCCCCGGCAGUAAUAAGAGUUCAUUGUGCCAAAAAGUACUUAGAGCCAACGUUGGUUGGGGGCAUGUCAGCGUUGGACCUUUAUUGAGAUCUCUGGCUUCGACUCAAGAAUCCCUACAAGAGAUGAUCAGCAGUGGACACAUCCUCGAAGAAUGGAUAGUUCAUGAAAUAUUAGAUAAAGAGUUACUCAAGUAUACAAAUACAGAGGGUAUUGUGAUCGAUGGUUAUCCAAGAAAUAUUGGACAGCUCAACUAUUUUGAAAAAAAGUAUGCUCAACGGCCGAAGUUGAUACUAUUGGAUUGCUCAAAGUUGCAGUUAGGUCGCGGAAGAUUAGAUGACAGCGUGUCGGCGUUUCGCCGGCGUCUGCAGAGUUUCCGCGAACAAACUCUACCGAUGCUCAAGGCACUGGACAAAGACAACCGCUUAACUGUAGUGGACGGUAACACCGACGACAAGCGCGUACAAGAGACGUUCAUCGGCACUCUGGUGGAGACGAUGAAGGGAGAGAAUUUUUCGGUUUUCCAUCUGGACGGCGGCGGCGACAACGCCGAUACUGAUGCCCACUCAGACACGGAAAAUCGAACCACGUCAGGACACGCGAUUUCGGGGCCGGCGGUGCCGCGUCAAAACGGUCAUCUACCGAACGAUGCAAACGAAGACGACAACAAUCGGGAACAGAACUUGCGGUACGAUGUGCGGAACAUGUACGCUCAAAUAGGAUCAUACGCCAACAAUCCGUCGCUGUACAACGCUUAAGCUAUCGCAUCAACGACGGACACGUUAUUAUUAUCGUUCUCGUAUUUAUAAUGUUGUCCAGUUACGUCCAGCAAUCUUCGUAGGCAUACAUGCACUGCAGUGGCGCUUUCUUUGAGACGUAGGCGUGCGCAGGAUUUCGUGUCUGGUGCAGCGCACGUUGUUUGCCGGUCCGACCAGAAAGGUUAGGCGUGAGCGUCGCGUUUUCCUGGUUUUUUUAUAACACGGGAAAAUUGUGCUCGAGGCGAACACAACAAUGUGCUCGUUGAUCGUUCGACCGUCUGGACGAAAACACUCCGUUCGACAUUCAGACACGUACUAUAUAAGUGGGUCAUGACUAUUGUUUUAUGGUUUAUGUAACCGACAUCGCAUCUGUUAACGCGACAAGUGUCGCUGCGACCAAUCGAACGGUUGUUGGCUGUGAAUGUCGUAACGAUAUACACCGCGGUCGUGUCUGUACGUGAAAGACCAGGGGCGUUUUCGAGGAGGCGUGGUAGAUGCGGUCAGAAGUCCUGUGGCAUACCUUGUAGGUUUUUAAAAAUGUCUUAGUUUUAAUUGUUAAUUUUUCUGUAACUGAAAUAUUUUUUUAUUAUAAUAUUAAUGUUAACACGAUAUUGUAUAAGAACGGUUAACGCGUGCCCAUACGAAUUACUAUAGGUGAUAAUUUAGUUAAAUGGUUAAAUUUUAAUGAAAAACAUAUUAUAUUUGGUUGUAUUGAUAUUAAUUAAGAGGUUAAAACUGUCUAUCCAUAUAAUCUCUCGAGAGAACGUUACACCGUACCCGCACGCGUAGUCUGAUUAGUGCACAUGUCAACAUAACAAAUUUUACGUUUAAAAUAAUCCAUUUUACUCGGUUGUUUUUAAUAUAUUUCUGUAAUUUUU